UUUUACCAUCUGAUGAAUUUGUAGCGUGGGGAAAUACUGCGACUCUAUCAUCACAUGCCUCACCUGCGUUAUCAGUGGAAACGAGGGCGUCCUAUGAGCUUGGUCGAAUGCUAGGCAGUGGAGAAGUCAUCGGGAAGUUUCGAACACCACUGUGGGAUGGGCUACUCGAUCAUGGUGAUGAGCUAUUUGAUCUAUUCUUCCGACCCAUUUGUGGAGUCCCCACUUCCCUUACACUGAAGGCCGCCGUUGUACGUGCUUGCGACGAUUGGGACGGUGCAUUCUUUGAUUCCCUCAUAGACUGCGAGAUUACUCGAGACACGGGUGCGGGCUACGCACUAUCUACCGAAUAUAUGACGAGCAAGACGGUCUCUCACCUGCACGAUGCUGUGCAACACUCUCAGUUUGUCCUUGACCGGUAUCCAGUCGACCAUCCAGACCACGCAGAGGCUCUCACCAACUUUGCUUUUACCUGCCUAGAAGGCUAUAUUCAAGAUCAUCUUCAAGACAUUGACACCACUACCUCCCUCUUCCGCCAAGCCCUUGCAUUGCGUUCGCAGGGUCACUCCGAUCAUGCAUUAUCCCCCUGUGAUCUCAUUAGAGGAUUUAUCUGGCCCUACGGCAAGGAGUCUACCGCCGUCCACAUUCACGAAUCCGCGCCUCCCUGUCCAGGGGGCUCCUACCUUCGUAGCAUGCACGUAGACAGUGCGAUCGGUUAUGUGAUCGGCAAUAUUCCAAUUGACACAUCUGAUGAAGACAUCCACCUUCGAUGGAACGUGCUCCAGCUCUGUCCUCUGGAAUAUCAACUCCGUCCCAGAGCCCUUCACUUGCUUCCAUUAGCAUUAGAAACCCGCUUCCAACAGUGCGGCAGCAUUCAUGAUAUCGAUGAGAUUAUACAACUUCGUCGUGAAACUGCGUCUCUGUUCCCAGAGGGACAUUCUGACCAUGAUGACUACUUACACGAUGCGACCUACUCACUCGAGUCUCGCUUCGAUCACCAAGGCAAACCCAAUGACCUUGAUGAGGCCAUCUCUUUGUACGAAGAAGCGCUGCGCCUCGGGCUCUCUCAUUGGACAACCUAGGCCUUCGCGAGGUACUGACAUUGCACCCACC